CGCGGGUGACCUAUCUACUUCGAGAACUAUAAGAAACGCCAAUGAACUUGGCAUGCAGGUAUUUGCAUAAUGCCGGCGCCGCCCCGCCAGGUGCGUAUAUAAGGCGCAGGUGCACAAUACCAAAUUAGCUUUAUUGCUUCGAAGCCGGCAGACAUCUGCUCACGAGAAGCUAUUUUGAAAAAACUGAUCUUCGUAGAUCCUGUUCUGUGGGAAAAAAGAUCUCAGCUUGCCAAAGUUGGUUGGGCGAAGACACCUCAGCGGAGGCUCGCAGUGUUUUUUCUCCACCCUUUCUCUCUCUCUCUGUCUCUUUAAUCAGGACUUGAGUUCGAGUGAGUGCGUUGCCUCUCCCUGUGUGUUUCACCAGCUUGCACAAAAGAGUGAUUUCCCUAAAAGAGCAGCACGUUUGAGCUUUGUGUCUUUUUAAAGACAGCCACUCAUUCGUGUCACGGUCGGGGUCGUCUUUUUAAAGAUGGAUUUCCGUCCGUGUUCGGUUUCUGGAUGCGGUGUGUUCAUCGCCCCCCGGGAUGGCCACCAGCGUUGUCUUUCGUGUCUGGGGCUCCAGCAUGCAGAGGCAGCGUUGCGUGAUAGUUCAUGCUCCAUCUGUGAGGGCAUGACUAUGGCGGAUUUGCGGAGACGGGUGUCGUUUCUCCGGGAACGGCGCCCGCCUUCCAAGUCUGGUGCUGCUAAGAGCGCAGCUACCAGACUUGCGAAGGAUGACCUCCGUAUGACGGUGCUGGGUCGGUCUGCUGGUUCGUCCAGCAGCUCCCAGCGCCCUGAUCUGUUGCCAGCGGAGGUCCCGAUGGAAACGAGCGGCCCGUGUUCUACGGUGUCCUCGCGCUCUGUCGAGCCUCCACCCGACGCGAUGUCCACCGUAACAUCGGAAGGGGGGUUGUCAGCCUCGGACGUCGAUCCGGAUCCGCUCCCGCCUUCGGGCCAGGUUGCGGCUUCUGUGUUCGACCCCGAGAUGGCAGCCAUGCUCGCUCGGGCGGCGGAGGCGGUUGGCUUGGAGUGGACUAAACCUCCCCCACCUGAACCGUCCCGCCUCGAUGAUUGUUUGCGCAGCAAUUCUCCGCGGCCAAGAAGCAGACUGAGGCCAUCGCUCAGAUCAUGCCACGUCGGAAGCGUCCUGCGCCUGCCCCAUCCACGUCGGCGCCUCAGCCUGCUCCUCGCCGAGGGCGUCCUGCGGCGGCCGCCUCCGUUCCUCCCCGGGGCUCUUCUAAGAAGCGAGGAACUGGUCGUCAGCAGCCCGCCCCGCCCGCUCAGCCCGCUUCAAAGGGUGGAAAAAGAAAAUCGAAGCGGCCCUGAGACGGGCGACCUAGAGAUGGAGGGGAUCGCUCUUCGGGAGAUGGUGAAAGCACCACUCCCCCCACCGGAGGAGGGCCGGUUGGGGAAUCCUUUGUUUCAUUUUUCUGUUCCGCCGACUUUUCAGUCGGCACCCACAAUUCCACAAAAAGAGCAAAUUCCACUUCCAUCUCUAGGUCUUCAGAUGAGCGCCGGAGACACGAGCGGGCUCAUAACCCCCCCUCGUUCUCCGACUCAUCAGAGGAGUUCGAGAGCAACGCACGGGCUCAUAACCCCAUCGCGCUCUCUGACUUCUCAGGGGAGAGAAGACCUUCACGGGCUCAUAACCCAUCGUCUUCCUCCCCCUUCGCCAGAGGGUGCAUCGAGUGGCGUGAGGUGUCUUCAGCAGAGCCUCCCUUACUCACCCACCCAGCAGCGGACUCAGGUGAGUGUUAUCAUGCACAACACUACUGUCGGUGCGGCCAAUACGCACACACCGGCGAUCACCUCCGUUGCGCCCGCCGCGGGUACACCGAUCGUGCCUUUAGUUCCUCUCGCACGGUGUCUGGGGGCGUGGGAACAGCUUCCCAGCCCGUCGCGUUGGCUUUUACGCACGAUUCGUCUCGGCUACGCGAUCCAAUUUGCCCGGCGUCCCCCCAAAUUCUCCGGCGUUCGUUUCACUACGGUGAGAGCUGCCGAUGCGCACGUCCUCCGUGCGGAGAUCGCUGUCUUAUUGGCGAAAGACGCGAUCCAGCCGGUCCCUCCAGCCGAGAUGAGGUCGGGGUUUUACAGCCCUUACUUUAUUGUACCCAAGAAAAGCGGCGGCUUGCGACCGAUCCUGGACCUGCGUUCGCUGAACCGUGCACUUCACAGAAUGCCGUUCAAAAUGCUGACGCCCAAACGCAUAUUUCCAUGCAUUCGUCCAAACGAUUGGUUCGCAUCUAUCGACCUGAAGGACGCGUACUUUCAUGUAUCGAUUCUCCCCCGGCACAGGCCGUUUCUCCGCUUUGCGUUCGAGGGAGUGCUCCAGAAACCUGCAGACAGUUUUGUUUGA